AUGGCAGACAUCGCGUUGGAUGAAUUGUUCUGCGAGACAGUGGUGCUCGACCUGCGCUGCCGGUGCGAGGCGAAUCAGCCGAUCUCGGUGGACGCGCUGAAGGCUGCCCUGGCGGAAAACGUGAAAGUUAUUGAUUCACAACUGAAACUUGCGACCGUCGAGUACGAAAAGACCCAGCAGACGGCUCUGGUGACGGGCAGCGGCGAGCAGCUGUUGUUACUCACGAGCGAAGCUCAUCAUGAUGUGACGGGAAAACCGGCUCCAGAGCUGGAAACCAUGCGGACCAUCAUCGAAGGUGGUCGGCGGCACGGGGAGAUCCUGGAUCGGCUCGCAGACCCAGGUAGCCGGCGGCAAGUGCGAUCGUCGACGCGGGUGAUGUGUGCGCUGGAUGUCGCCCUUCCUCAGCCGGUCCAGAUCCGGGACUUCGGCUGCUUCGUGGAUCACUUCGCAACGCUCGCGCCCGAAUUCAAGGGUCACGCACUCGAGGACGUCGAACUGCCGAAGAUCCGGUUCAGAGCGCCCGCUGUAUUACAUAGCGAACCGAUUGGCGGUGACCGGACGCGAAUCUGGUCGUGUGGCCCGAGUACUUCCAGUCCUGCGCGAUUACGAACUCGAGAUUCGCCUGUGUGUUGGGGCGCGGUGGAAGCGACAUCUCACGAAACGGAUGCCCCUGCGCAUAUCUUCGGUUACACCAUCUUCCAGCGAUUUCAGCGCCCCCGCGAUACUCAGCUCGAGAGAUCUCCACCGGACUCGGUCUCCAGUAAGGAGCAAGGACUUUUUCGGGACGCCGAAUGUCCUCGGCCCCUGGAUCGUGACGGCCCGACGAAGUCGUUCAGCCUCGACUUCCCCGCGGCUGUACCCGGGGUGGAAGUCUUCUGUUCCGGCACCGUGCCAGUGGAUGCGGCUUGGAACACGGGCGGUUCCUCGAACCGGGAGACG